AUGUCUGAUAAGCUACUGUCUUUAGAGAACCCUGUGGUACCUUUCCACUACGAAUUGCACCUGGACAUUGACCCUAAGCAGUCAUCACCCAAUUUCAAAGGUUCCGCUAAGGUCGACUUAAAAUUCAAUUCGAAUUCCACCUCUUUGGCCUCUAUUCAAGAUAGUUUUACUCAGUUCAAAUUACACUGCAAGGAUUUGGUGAUUUUGUCUGCACAUGCCAUUCUAGGCUCUACUGAAUACAAUAUACAAGUCUCCCAAGAUACCAAAAAGCAUUGGGCUAUUUUCCAGUCUGAAUGCCCAAUUCAACUGUCCAACGAUUUACCUUUGGUCUUGUCUGUGCAAUAUGUGGGUAAAAUCGGUAACAUAAAGACACAGCACGAUAAGACUUUGGGUAUCUUCAAAACAAAUUUUAUGGACCGCAAAACGGGUACUUCUAAUAAUCAUGUGGUAGCUACACACUGCCAACCGUUUUCUGCCUGUAAUAUUUUCCCAUGUAUCGAUGAACCUUCAAAUAAGUCCACUUUUCAAUUGAACAUUUCAAUGGAUUCACAGUAUAAAGCCAUUUCCAAUACACCUGUCGAGGCUAUCGAAGCCUUGAAAACCGCUGGAAAACAUAUGGUGAAAUUUGCCAGGACACCCUUGAUGACUACUUCUGUCUUCGGUUUUGCUAUGGGUGAUUUGGAAUUUUUAAAGACAGAGGUUAAGUUAAAAAGCGAUAAGACUAUUCCCGUUUCCAUCUAUGCACCCUGGGAUAUUGCGAACGCGACGUUCACUUUGGAUACAAUCCAGAAGUAUCUGCCACUUUUGGAGUCCUAUUUUGGAUGUUCAUAUCCUUUGCCCAAGUUAGAUUUCGUGCUACUACCUUAUCUAAGCGACAUGGCAAUGGAGAAUUUCGGUAUGAUCACCAUUCAACUAAAUCACUUACUCAUACCACCAAAUGCUCUGGCCAAUGAAUCCAUCAGAGAGCAAGCACAGCAGCUCAUCGUUCAUGAAUUGGUCCAUCAAUGGAUGGGCAAUUACAUAUCUUUUGAUUCGUGGGAAUCUCUUUGGUUUAAUGAAUCUUUUGCAACCUGGUUGGCAUGCUAUAUGCUGGAACAAAAUGGUGACUUGCCCCAUUAUUGGGCUUCCGAGUCUUAUUUGCUAGAACAGGUAGAACCUAUCAUGUGUAAAGACGCAUCGAAUGUCAAUAGUAAAAGCAUAUUCCAGAUUGCGCAACGGAAAACCAGUAUCAACUCUCAAACAUCUGAUAUUUUUGAUCCUGAGGCAUACACAAAAGGCAUUGUCAUGCUAAGAUCCCUACAAUUGGCUACAGGUGAAUCUCAUUUACAAAAGGGUCUACAAAGUGUAUUUGAAGACACCAAAACUUUCCAUGAGAGAAGUGUCAAGCCCAUGGAUAUCUGGAAUCAUGUCGGAAAAACUCUGAAAUCUCAAAACGUUACUAAUUUCAUUUCAUCUUGGACAAGAACACCGGGCUUACCGGUCGUUAAAGUAGAAUUAAAACAAGACGAUGGAAAUACUCAAACAAAACUUACUCAACAUAGGUUUAUCAAUCAGUUAUCUAGUGAGGAAGAGGACCAGUUAGAAGAUGUUCCAUAUCAAACACCCUUAUUUGGGGUUCUACCAGAUGGUGAAAUGGAUUCUAAGAAUGUACUAUUAACAGAUAGGACGUUGAAGUUGGAUUAUCCUAUCUUGGUGCUCAACCAUAUGGCCCAAGGUUAUUACCGCGUUUCAUACGAAUCUAAAGAGUCUUAUACGCUGAUCAACGAUAAAUUGAAUGAGGGAACGCUAUCAGAAAUUGACCUUUCGAAAAUCUUUUUGGAUUUAUCACAGUUUAUUGGAGAUGAAGGCUUCCAGAAUUCUAUCCAUUUGCUUGGUCUCUGUAGUAUAUUAAGCAAUAUCGCUUCUUCCUCCACGAAGGUUUCACCUAAAUAUUGGGCCCCAUUAUCUAAAGGAUUGGAAAUUCUUCAAACUAUUGAUCGUGCUAGUUUAACAAGCUCUAAACUGCAAUCUUUUUUGAAGAAGAAAAUUAUUAUCCCUUUUUUCAAUAAAAUUGAAUGGCCUCAUGGUGAAUUUGGUAAAAGUUUAGAUCCUUACGAGUUAAAAGUGUGGUCCCAAAUUUUAUUUUUGAACAAAACUUCUGCAAAAUGUGCUGAAUUGUGUCAAGGCUAUUUCAAGCUUUUGUUACAAGGCCCACGUUCAAGUGUGCCGUUAGAAUUAGUGAGUUCAAUUCUUGUUGUGAUGUCCCAACAUUGUUCAAAUAUCAAACAGUGGAAAAAAAUUUUUGAUUUGGUUAAACACAGUGCCUGUGUUGGUAUUUCUAAUCAUGUUAACUGUUUGCAUGUCCAGAAUAGUGGUGAUGUUGCCACCUUAAUCCAAAACGGUGCAAUUGAAUCACUUGGAUUCUGCUUAGAUUCAGACAUUGUGAAAAAGAUCUUGAAUUUUGUCACUUCUAACAUUGAAUCUGAUGCAAUGGAAUUGGCUUUGUUCGGGUUUAAUUACAACUUUAAAAAGAGAUUGAAUAAAAAUGAGAAACCUCAAGAUCAGAUCGUACGUGAAGCGAUCUGGAAGUGGUACACAGACAAUUUUGACCAAUGGGCACGCAAGGCUACGAGAAAAGGUACCACUACAGGCGACCAUAUACAUAAGGCAUUGAGAAGCAUUUCCCUGAUAAUUUUCCAGAUGUUUGCAGCAGACGAGCCGCAAAGAAUAGAAAAAUUCAUCAAUUUGAAGAAAGAGAAGUUAGGUCAAAACUUGUUAUCUUUAGAUGACGUCUGGGCCUCUGUGCAACAAGAUGAGGAAUCCAGAAAAACUAUAAGAAGAGAUUUGUCUCACUUGGUCUGA